AUGUCUCCUCCCUCGCCCCAAAAGAAGCACAUCCACCUCAACUUCUUCGAAAACGCCUGCACAGGCUCCCACAUAUCCCCAGGACAAUGGCGCGACCUCUCUGACAAAACUCAUGGCAAAGACCGCCUCCCGUACUGGCUCUCCUUAGCCCAGCUAGCGGAAAAAGGCAAAAUCUCAUUCAUCUUCUUCGCAGACUCCUAUUCCCUCUUCGACAUCUACUCCUCCUCCAUUUCUCCCAUUCUCCGCGCUGGGGCUCAUUGCGCUGCUCUGGACCCCAUGGUGUUAAUCCCCGCUAUGGCAUCUGUUACUAAAACGGUAGGAUUUGGGGGUACGGGGAGCACGAGUUAUCUGAAUCCUUACAUCUUGGCGAGAACAAUGAGUAGUUUGGAUCAUCUGACAGAGGGGAGAGUGGCGUGGAAUGUGGUGACGAGCUGGAGCAAAAGUGCUGCAUUGGCGUUGGGGAAGGAAGAUGUCGUACCGCAUGAUAAGAGGUAUGAGGUUGCGAGCGAAUAUAUGGAUUUGGUUUAUCGGUUCUGGGACACGUAUGAUGCGGAGAAGGUCAAGAAAAUUGAACAUAAAGGACAAUAUUUGAAGGCUUCUUCCCCACACCAGACACAUCCUAGUCCUCAGCGAACACCUGUACUAUUCCAAGCUGGCACUUCGAAAGUGGGGAGAGAAUUCGGAUCAAAGCAUGCAGAAGCUAUAUACGUUGGUGGGCUGGUCCCAUCCCAAACCGCUCCGUCGAUAGCGCAGAUUCGAGCAGGUGCCUCAGCUCAAGGUCGGGACCCGCAAUCAAUAAAAUUCUUCGUGGGAAUUACACCUAUACUCGGGGCAACAUUGGAGGAAGCACAAGCAAAAUACGAGCGAGCGAGAGAAAAUGCUGAUGUAGCUGGUGGCCUCGCACAGUUUUCAGGAUAUACAGGCAUAGACCUCAGUAGAUUCCCACUAGACGAGGUGUUUGAACUCAAGGAUGCGCCGGGCGACGCUGCCACGCAUACUUUCCUUGAGAAUUUCAACAAGGCGACUGGGAAUGCUGAGCCUUGGACUCCAAGAAGGUUGGGUGAGACGAUGGCCCUUGGAGGGUUUCAUCCUGCCCCUGUCGGGACUCCCGAGAUGGUGGCGGAUGUUUUUGAGCAGUGGAUUGGUGAGGCAGAUGUUGAUGGUUUUAAUAUUGCGUAUGUGACGAGUCCGGGCAGUUUCGAAGACGUGGUAUAUCUUCUUCGACCGGAACUCGUAAAGCGGGGUUUGAUGUGGGAGGAUUAUGAUAUUCCCGGUGGUACUCUCAGGGAGAAUCUGUAUGGCGUGGAGGGGCAGAAAUACUUGAGGGAUGAUCACUAUGGACACAAAUUCAAGUAUCCGAGCGACUUCGAAGGCGAUACUGCUGUCAUGUCCAAUAUGAAGCAGGAGGUAGUGAACGGUGAAAAGAGCGAGGUGACGAGCAAUGGAGUAAUCAAAGGCGGGCCAGUCACUGUGGAUGAGAAAGCUGCGUUACACCAAGCUGCAUAGUCAAUUUUAAAAUUCC